AUGUGUGGUAGUGGACGCUGUAAAAUAAUUGAGACAGUGUCGACGAUAUUGGCGUUAUGGAUGGUGUCCGCAUCGCUGUGGUCGUCGUUCUCCUACAGUUUGCCGAGGGGUCACUGAUUGAAAUAGGAGUAGUGUCGGGAAAUGCUGACGCCAUACAAGUCAUCACCAAUAACGUAACAGGUCAUGUGGGACGCGUACACUGGUUCGAGGAAAGACGUGGGUCUAUUUUCUAUAAAGCAGCUCAAAUUUCAAGUAUGCGGACCUACAACUUGGACCUCAUCAUAGCACCACACCCUUUGAGAGGACAGUUGGUGGAAGUAAUUAGUCCGGGAUUGGUACACGAGGAGUCGUGGCUUGAUUUUUAUAGAAAUGAUCCCUCAUCUAGCCCGGCGUACCUCUCAGUGCCCCAUCUUGCAGACCACCUCCACCACGCCAACAACGUCAUCAGCAGGCUUUUGUGGACAACGACGACGAUAUUCAGCGACAGGGAGAACCGCUUUGAUUCGCAUAGACUGGCAAGUGAACUGUCGAGACUUGGUGUCAAGUCAAAACUGGUCUUCGUGAAGACAGACAGAAGUAACUUCAAGUUCCUGAAACAUUUCAUGGACAUCAUUGGAAUGGAUAAGAUCAAACACAGGCUCAGGUUCGUUCUGAUGUGUUCCUUACCACUUGUCAAGCAAAUACUUAGAGAGGCUGAAGACUGGGACAAGUAUUAUGGGAAAGGUUCCUUGUUCCGACACUUCUCUCAGUGGCUGUUGCUUCUGCCCCGAUCUUCUCUGGGAGCGAUAGAGGGCAUGGACCUGAAGCUUGAUCAUGUCGCCGUCAUCAGCAGGUCAGACAGGGACUUCGAAGUCGGACAACUAUCCCAGUGGGUGGUGAACACAAUGGUGGAAGUUCUGUCGUUAAACCACAUGUACAACAGAUCUGAUGCCACGGACACCUUUCUUCAAAUUGUCAGAAAAGAGCACGACGCAAGAACAAUGAACACUAUGCUACACACGUUGCUGUGGAAACCUCAUGGCCGGAAGUUGUCCCAAGUCCAGCGCUCGCGGUAUGAUACAUCCCUCAAUGAUGUGUUCCCGAAUCUGAAACUAGGAUUAAACCAACGAGAGCUAAGAACCGGGGGUCUUGAGGGUAUACCGUUUGUAAAGAGACAUGAAAGAAAUGGAAAACUCACCUUCACACACGCGAGCAUCGACCUGCUCGACCACCUGAAAAGUGUCCUAAAUUUUACGUAUUCCUUCACUGAGCCGGCCGACGGGGAAUGGGGACUUCCGGUUUCCGGAGACCUCAACAAUUAUACAGGACUUCUUGGCAUGCUGCAGAGAGAGGAAAUAGAUUUAAUUGCCAAUCCAAUGGGCUACUCGGGUGAACGGGAUUACGUCGCCGACUUCCUUCCAUUUGUCCAUGAGUCGUACAACGGGAUGAUAUUGAGGGAUACUCAGGGCAGUUCCAAGUUGUCAAGUGCCCUGACCGAUCCGUUCCGUUGGCAGGUGUAUGCUGUGGGAGGAGGGACUCUCCUGGGUGUCCUUCUGCUGUAUCUUGCAAUAGAAUGGAGUAACCCAUUCUACCAAGAUACAACAUCUGUCGCCAAACGAUUGAAGCCAGCAGGUGCACUUGACACAGCGGUGUAUCUUUUUGGCUCAGCACUUCAUCAGGGAGGUGUCCAUCUUCCCGUAUCUAGUUCUGGACGAAUCCUGGUCAGCUUCUGGUGGCUGUUCAUUAUAGUGAUGACGUCAGCCUACAGUGGCAAUCUAAUUGCAUCGCUCACCGUCACAAGAAAAACACCCCCAUUUUCAAGUUUGGAAGACGUGUUCACAGAUGCGAACCUAAAGAUCGGUUUGUUGGGAGGAGUUAUCCUGCAUAGAACUAUCGAGACUUCUAACGACAGUAAACUAAUAGGGUUAUGGGAAAGGAUUGUGGCUUCCAAAGACGCGGACAAUGACAUCUUCAAUCACAACAUCUCCGUACAUAUGAAGAAGGUUAUGACGGAAAAUUAUGCCUUCCUGAACGACGUAUUCGAAUUAGAAGUGUACGUGAAAACCUUAUGCGACGUUUAUAUAUUGAAGGAACAAUUUUUACCCCAACAAUACAGUCUCCUUCUGCAACAAGGUUCUCCACUUACAGAUAUGUUCUCUAAAGAAAUCCUCACAGUGCGGGAAAUCGGCUUGAUGGAGUACUGGCUUAGGAAGUGGAAUCCCAAGCUAAACGAUAGUGCAUGCCCUUCCACUGAGAAAGGGGCAAAGCCUAUAGGCCUAGAGAAGUUGGCGGCAGCGCUACUCGCCCUCCUGGUUGGGGUACUGUUUUCGGGUAUGUGCCUUCUCAUUGAGCUGGUCGUCAAAGCAUCAACAUAAAUGCUGUGAGACAAAUAGUUCACAAAACGACAGACAACCGAGGCGCCUCGUCCCAGAAGCACUCAUCUCUUCUCUGUGGUUUCAUCGCUGUUUCACCCAUACCAGAAGAUGUAAUCAAUAUCAGUGGUUGAUUUGAUCACAUUGCUUGUGAUCUGGAUCUGCAGUUGGAUGUGACGUUAAAAUGGGAUUAAUCUCGACGUCAAUACGAGUUCUAUGUAAAGGGACGUUUCAUUGUAUAAAUUACAUCAUGCAUGAGGCAACAAAGCAUUGUAUCCAGAAGUGUGCUAUGUAAGAUCUGCUCGAAAAAUGGUUGGGACAUUUAUUUGACUAAAUACUGGCGUUUCGUUUGGACAGUCGAAUCAUAUGUUGCAAUACUUUGUUUUCUCAUCUUUAUUGAACAUUAAUACGUAGUCAUCAAUCAUUUAAUUUCAGUCAACAUGAGUUUGCAUGCACAACGUCAAGAUUAUUGUACUAAACAGAUUUGGAUUAAGAAUCGUUUAUCACUCCAUAGAUCACCAACGGUGGUACAAGAGCAUGAAAUGUCAAAAGUAAUAUGAUACAAAUGACACAAAUAAUAUGAUACAAAUGACACUUCAACAGUUCCUAAAGUUUGUUUGUUUGUUUAACGCUGCACUGACAUCGAUCAACGCAAUUAGGAUAUAAUGACUUGCAUCAUGAGAGUCAGCAAUCCUGACUAAUCGAUCCCGUUAGUCGACUCGCACAACAAUCCUAGUAGCCUCUUAUGACGUUCAUACAAGUGUAUCAAGCUAAUUAUACUUUUUUAUUUGUUUUCAAAAAGUCUACUACGUGUGAAUUCAAAAUAGGCUAGGUGUUUUAAUUCUUUUACGCUGUUAGAAUUGAGCCUGAAUUUACAUUUAUAGAUAAUUCAGCCAUUUAAGACAAUUUUCUUGUGUACGUGACACUCAGGUGAGUGAUUGCAUUACAUUGAAAUAAGUAAUGAAACUCAUCUGGAACAGUGGGCGAGUCACACUUCUUACAUAAUCUGUUUCCCUUGAACUUCUGUUCCAGUGGCGUGUCCUCACGGAGAAGUUGCGAUUUGUUCUUCUAAAUUUCAAAAUUGGAUAGGAUAUAGAUUUUGGUGGUAAUAUUUUUCAAGAGCUGGCGAAUAUUUAGAUACAUACGAGGUAGGUAUCAACAAGGUUUUGGGCCUAACAUAUUUAGGAUAGGCAGAUGCUUAAAACCAGUUUAGAGGUUAAUCAGCACUAUAAUAGCAUAACAUCACCGAGAAUAUUAGCACACAAACGGUAAUAGUUUGCUUUUGGAGAAAGACCGAGGAAGGAUACCCCCUUGCGAUGUCACAAUGGACAAAACUAAGUGCUGAGUAGUUAUCACGUUCUGGUUCUGGAGGGUCAGUCCGCAAAAUGCAUCGAAGAGCGACUGAUUGCUGUUUUGUAGAACACCGGUCCAUCAAUUGCCACGAAUGUGGCUUCGAAGUCUUGCCUGAUCUACCCUGAUCCUGAUCCUGAUCCCCUGACUUGGCACCAAGUGGAUAUCAUCUUUUUCCAAAUUUGAAAAAAAACCCUGCUGUUUAGGAUUGGUUGGGGGACCAAGUAAAACCCUUCUGUAGACAUAAAUGGCCGGCAGACCAGAUGGAAAGCGUGCACAGAACUUCGAGGGGACUUUUUUGAGAAAUAAUUAUAUCUUACAUAAGAAUUUCAACUCAAUCUAUGCUAAGCUUAAAACGUUUUCAUACCCCUUUGCACUUCUCAAGUUUUGACAUAAUUGACAACUGAAUAUUCGCUCCACUGUUGAGUUGAGACAUUUAGCAUUGUAAUUUUCAAGUGAAUAAAAUCCUU